AGGAAAAAGCGUAGCGCCUUCUCGCCGUGCACCUGCGCAGCGGAUGGGGUCCCUCUUCUCCAGCCUGUUCGGCAUGUUUCGCGCCAACAGGUCGUAUAAACUGCUCAUCCUCGGCCUGAACAACGCCGGCAAGACCUCCAUCCUGUACCACCUACAGCUAGGACACGCCAUCACCACCCAGCCCACGCUGGGCGGCAACACCGAGACGCUGACCAUCACGCACCCGCACACGAAUAACACCAUCACCCUCACCUGUUGGGACUUGGGGGGGCAGGAGCAGCUGCGAGCCUCGUGGAAGCUGUACUACGACCACACCGACGCCGUCCUCUUUGUGGUGGACGCGGCCGACACGGCACGCUUCGCCACGGCAAAAGAGGUGCUGCACCAGCUCCUGCACAGUGAGCCGUCUCUGCAGCACUCGGUGCUCUUGGUGCUGGCGAAUAAGCAAGAUGUGGAGUCGGCUGCCUCUCCCGCGGAGUUGAUGGAGUACUUGGAGCUCGGAAAGCUGAAGAAUCGGACGUGGACGCUGAUGGGCUGCAGUGCGUCUACAGGGGAGUCACUGCGGGAGGCGAUGAACUGGAUUGCGGAGAACGUUGUCUGA